GAUUAAUGGGAAGUGCAUCUCGAUACCGUUGAUACCGUUACACACAAUUCUGACAACAUAAGGCAGUUAGUAGGCUAUAUGUCCUUAUUAGGAUAGAAACGAGUAAAAACCCCGUUGUCAUCUCAACUGGAUAAAUAACCAGAAAAUAAUUCUCUCCAAGUGCAGUGCUGGAACAAUGGACGCCGGUGCUGCCUUCAAUUUCAAACAAUGAACGAAGGAAAACUCAAGAAUGGCAGUAAAUUCUAAUCACAAAGAGAAUGAAGAGGGCCUUAGUGACCCAGGUGUUCGUUUCCAAAGCUACUUGCAUGGAGGAACCUCCAGCUUGCUGUCCACUCUCCCCACCCUUAUUGUCUUCCCUAUUUACAAGACUGUGUUCCGUCAACAAAUCCACAACACUCCUGUGCGCCUGGCAGUGGGACAGCUCUACAAAGAGGGACCUUUAAAACUCUACAGGGGUGUGGCCCCACCAUUACUGAUGAGGACUCUGAAUGGCACACUGCUCUUUGGUCUGCAGGACACCCUUCUCUACCAACUCUCUCCCUCAUCCCAAAAUGUUAUCCCCAUGUCUGCUCUGGCUGGAUUCGGUGCAGGUGUGGUAGAAGCUGUGGUGUUUACUCCCUUUGAGCGCGUCCAGAAUGUGCUGCAGAAUGGCCAGAAUGAUCAUCAUCUCCCCACCCUGAAAAGUAUUCUUGUCAGAUUGAAGACACAGGGAGUGGCCUUAGGGUACUACAGAGCCUUCCUGCCCAUCACGGCCCGCAACAGUCUAGGCAGUGCCCUCUAUUUUGGCCUAAAGGGGCCCAUGUGUGCUUUUGUGGCAAGACAGGGACUCUCUCCAUUCACCUCCUCCUUCAUCUCAGGGACACUGACAUCCAUGGCCAUUAGCUUGACUCUCUAUCCACUCUCUGUGCUAGUAGCAAACAUGCAGACACAGGUGGGAGGGGAGAUGAAAGGAGUCCUGGCUUGUUGGAGGAUGCUCUGGAAAUCUCGGCAGCAAAGUGUGGCUCUGCUAUACAGAGGAGGAUUACUGGUUAUUCUGAGAUCAUGCAUCACAUGGGGAAUCACAACUGCUAUCUAUGACAGACAGAUGGACAUAGACAGGACUAAAAGACCAAUAUUCAAGAUCUGGACAUCUUGAAAAGUCUGACUGUGGAUCAGGGUGAUCUUAUCCUGAAUUGCUUUGAGAUAUCUGGCUGAGUUGUCUGAUCCUGGAUCACAGAAUUUUGGAUUUGCAAAUGUGAUCCGAUCUGUUUUGAAUCUUUGGGUCCUAGCCAACAAACACUGUGUCAGAAUAUACACAACCCCAGUCUGUGAGGUGGUGGGCAUGUAUUUAUUACAAACAGUGUUUGUUUUGCACUAGAGACAUUCAUGUGUUGCUGGUAAAUCACAGGUGCUUUGUAUUAUUAUUAUUAUUUUCUUGUCUUAAAGGGAAUUUUCAUCUGUUGUUACUCAUCAUGUGAAGUUCUCAGUAUAUAUGUUAUAAUGUUAAUAAUCUAUAGAUAUUAUUUAUGACAUAAAUGAUUCAAACAAAUAACUUAGAUACUUGAAAUCAUUCUGAUUAGAGAGUCCAACUUAACUGUUUACACAGAUGCUGAUCUGAUAAGAUUUUUCAUGCUCAAAGCAUUUAAUCAGAAUACAACUUUAUGGCAUGCACAAAUAAUUAAAGCAGAAUUCAUACUUCUUUUCUAAAAGUACACCAAUAAACUGU